UGUGGAAGCGCGCCGUUUGAUGUGAUGUUUAAUUUUUGUAAGUAAAUUCUACUCCGUGUUGAUCAUACUCCGUGUUGAUCACUGUCACAGUUGCAAAAAGAGCAGUUACGUUGAAGUUGAAGAACAUGUCUGGUUUGUCAUUCAACAGUGAACAAACAGAGGAGCACACUGUGAUCUUUCAGUCUUAUGUGAUUGAUCAACAUCGAGAUGAUCUGGUUGAGAUUCUCUUACAGGAAGAUGAUGGAACUCACUACCCUGUUAUCAUCGAUGCGAUGACUCUGUUUGAGUCCAACAUGGAUCUGAGUGACUUGGUACUGAAUCAUCCAGAGCACACUCUGAGUGCGUUCAACACUGGAUUGAGGAGAGCUGUGAUGUCACUGUACAGGAACCACACUCAGAAAGAGGAGAUGACGCUAAAGGUGAAUCUUCACGCUCGUGUCACGGGGCUCCCUGUCUGCCCUGAGCUCAUCAGGGAAACCCUGCCUAGGAACUCUGACAUUGGACGAUUUCUGUCUGUUUCCGGAACAGUUAUCCGAACAUCUAUGGUGAAAAUGCUGGAGUUUGAGAAGGAUUUCAUGUGCUCCAAAUGUAGACAUCCUUUUAGUGUUCAGGCGUCCUUUGAGAAGUACUACAGCGAGUGUAAGCCAGACUCAUGUCCCAAUCCCGAAGGAUGUGGGUCCAAUAAGUUCACCUGUCUCUCGAGUAGCGGGGUGGGGUCUGUCACCAGUUGCCGUGACUACCAAGAGAUUAAGAUUCAGGAGCAGGUGCAGAAGUUGGCGGUUGGGACGAUUCCUCGGUCGAUGUGGGUCGUACUGGAGGACGACCUCGUAGAUUGCUGCAAGGCAGGGGAUGACGUCACUAUCUGUGGCAUCGUUUUGCGACGCUGGCGUCCCGUUAACAUCGAUGGUAAAUGUGAGAUCGAGCUUGUCCUGAGAGCCAAUCAUAUAUUAGUUAAAAACGAUCAGAGAGGAACAGUCACCGUGACCAAUGAAAUGAGGCAAGAGUUUGAAGAAUUCUGGGAGAGGUAUAAAUAUUCACCUUUCACAGGCCGCAAUGUGAUCCUAUCGAGUCUCUGCCCCCAGGUAUACGGCCUGUAUGUUGUCAAACUAGCCGUUGCUAUGGUAAUGGCAGGGGGUGUGGCUCAUUCCCACCAAUCAGGGACCAGGACCAGGGGAGAAUCACACCUUCUUCUUGUAGGGGAUCCAGGCACAGGGAAAUCACAGUUUCUGAAGUAUGCUGCCAAGGUGGUCCCUCGCUCUGUACUGACCACAGGGAUCGGCUCAACAAGUGCAGGUCUGACCGUGUCAGCAGUCAGGGAUUCAGGGGAAUGGCAGCUUGAAGCUGGGGCCUUGGUGCUGGCUGAUGGAGGUAUCUGCUGCAUUGAUGAAUUUAACAGUAUCCGUGAGCAUGAUCGAGGCAGUAUACAUGAAGCAAUGGAACAGCAAACGAUCAGCGUUGCCAAGGCAGGACUUGUGUGUAAGCUGAAUACCCGUACCACCAUACUCGCUGCCACCAACCCCAAAGGACAGUACGACCCAAAUGAGUCUAUCAGUGUGAAUGUCGCCCUCGCUAGCCCGCUGUUGUCCAGGUUUGAUCUUGUGCUCGUGCUGCUUGACUCGCAGAACGAUGACUGGGAUCGGAUUGUUUCCUCGUUUAUUUUGGAGGGCAAGUCACCAGGCCCUCAAGGAACUUCCAAGGAUAAUAUUUGGAGUAUGGAGAAGAUGCAAUCCUAUCUGUGUCUCAUUAAAUCAAUCAAUCCUCUGAUGUCACCAGACGCCAAUAGGGUACUGUCCCGUUACUACCAAGCCCAGCGCCAAGCCGAUCAGCGCAACGCAGCACGCACCACCAUCCGUCUCCUGGAGAGUACCGUGCGACUAUCUCAGGCCCACGCUCGUCUCAUGUGUCAUGACACCGUUAUGGUGAUGGACGCGGUGGCAGCUGUGAGCGUUAUGGAAUCCACAAUGCAGGGAGCUGCGUUGAUGGGAGGGGUCAACGCCCUUCACACAUCAUUUCCCGAAGAGCCAGAAACAGAGUACAGAACCCAAGCGGAGUUAAUCCUAGCUCAUCUGGGACUUCAAGAUGUUCUUCAAUCUGAACUCCAACGUUUGGACGAUGUGAACAGAGAGCAUUCACUUCUUGAGAACCCCAAAAACCAAACCAUGAGUGACGUCCAACACACAACCGAAGCGGAUCCAUCGAGGAUCGAGGGAUUUAACAAGACGAUGGAUCUGUUUGAAGAAAGUGUUAACGAUAAAACUGCCAGAUCGCCUCGAUCAACCAGAUGUCGUGAGACUCGUAGUAAUAAUGAGAGCAUUAGUAACUCUAUGCAGAAAGGACCUGAAGACGGGCCAUCAACGUCCACUCACAGAGGAUAUGAAGAGACAAGUAGUGAAUGUACCACCAUGGCUUGUCAGAAGAAGUCAUCAAAUCGGUCGGUGAAUGCACAUAAUGUAUCAUUUCAAGCUGAUGGUAAGCAUGUGGAGGGAGACAAUCCAAGUAGAGAUGACGUCGAAGGCAAGAGAACAUCUGCUGAUAAAGACCAGGGGAAAUCCACAGAUGGGUCGUUCAAACAUAAGUUUAAAUCUAAAAGUAGAACGUCUCAAACCGAUGGCCAGUCGAGAGUGGACAAGUCACAUGAGCAAGCAAGGACCAAUCAACAGGGGCAUUGUGAGAGGUCCAAAGGAUCCAAGCAAAAGGAAAACCCAAAUGGCUGUAGAAUUGAAAAACUUCAAAAUGUUUCAUCUGGGAAUGGAAACAAACAGGGAUCUCAAUGUGCAACUGACGAGGAUGGAGAUGUUGUUAUGGCAACCCUAUCCCAGCAUUCCCUCAGUGAGGUCGAAGGUCAGCCGACUAUGGAGAGUACCCGCAUAGAUCCAGACGAAACCCCAAGGAAAAAACUGUUCACGCUGGAUGAUGAUCCUGUCACUGAAAUGCAGAAGGAAUCGACCGGGAAGAGCGGCGUUUCACGGGAGGUUAAGCAAAUGUUAAAUAAUUUUCGGCGGGAAACAUCCACUCCAGGAAUUUUGGCAAAACAGUUGAUCUCAUCAUCCGAGGAGAUACAAUCCAACAGACAACCAAGCAGCAACGACUCAAGUAUAGAACAACAUCAUAGAAAAACCAGCAAGUCAAAACGAAAGCUUAGCUCAGAUGAAGAAAUGCUCUAUAAAAAUAAUCAACCAAAGGUCCUUAAGAGAAUGAGAAUGGUGCAUGAGAAACAGAUCAUUGAAUCGAGUUCCAGUAACUCCCCAGAGGGCGCUUUCAUAUCGCCAAAAGGCGGGAAAAACUUCCAAACUUCAUCCACGGUGACACCCAGCAGAGUUGCAAAAGGGACACUGUCCAAGCUGAGCAAAUUCACAUUUACAUCUCCUGACGAUGAGCGACAAAAUACGCCACAAAACAAAAGCGCCCUAAAAAGAGCACAACCCUCUCCAUCCACUAAGGGCAAGGCGAACUCUAAAUGUCAAAGUUCAAAGGUGACAUCUGCAGACGGCAAACAAAAGACAAAGGACCGGAUGAACCGUUCAGAGAUACGAGUAGAAAAUGGGAGUUUAUUUACAACGGGAGAAAGCUUGGAUGAAUUAAGCCUUGAUUUUGUGGACUAAAUGUCGAGGUUCAUCUACAAACCUAUUUUUGUUGUUCCUUUAUUAAAAAAAAAAAAAAUCAAGACAGUUUUUUUAUUUUUUAUAAAGAAGAUUGUUUCCAAAGCAACAAUGAAACAGUUUCAUGUAUUUUAUUUACAAAUUAUUGUAAAUGCACAAAUUUAUUACAGUAAUAUACAAUUUGACUAUAAAUAAUACCUACAGUUUGCCAUUAGAGUUAUAGUAUGUCUCAGUACAGUAUAAACCGACAUACACCUUUGUAUGGUAAUUAGAUACGUGCAUCAGUGAUUCUUUAAAUAAGGUUAAAAAGAAAUCAUGCCAGUCAAAUAUUCACAAAUGCAUAAUAAGUACAGCCAUUUUCUAGGAAUUUUUGUUUGUACAAUUAUUAUGGUCUUGAUUCUAUUGUACAAUUUUUUUUACAUAAAUCAUUUGUUACGUCAUGAUGCUGAAAAAGCAAAAAGAAAACAAAAUAUCACUUCGUUUAGGAGGUUUUUGGCAACUGAAACAGGUCUAGAAUUUUAUCUUUGGGAGGGUAGAGAGUCAUUUUGCAAAGGGCACUUCCACUAGAAAAAUCUCAAAGUCUAUUUUGACUUUUGAAGGGUCCCUAAGCCAAGACCAUAAUUUCAUAGAGCUGCUUAAGCAGAAAAUACAGCUUAAAGCAACCCCUGCUUAGCAAAAGUGAUCAGCUUAC